GUCUUUCAGGAUCAUAUUAUCACCAAGCCACCGGUCCAAGUCACCAUGGAGGACCCCGUUGCAGAGCUCAAUGAGCUCUUUGCUGGCGCUGCUCCAGGUGGACUCUCCAAGGAUGUUCUCGUGGAACUGCAGUCGAUCCUGCGCAUCCACUCGAUCUCCGCGCAGGAGCUGUUUUACAAAUGGGAGUCUUACUGCCUGAAAAUGGGCCCGGACGAGCUGAAACUCGAUCUGGGCACCGUGCGACUGUUCAAGAAAGAUGUGCAGGAUACAUUGGAGCGAGACGCCCGAGGCAAAGCCGGACGACAGACGGACAAGAGAGCCGUAGUGACGGCUACCCCGCGGGCUGCUGCGACGUCGGAUGUGUUUGGCAUGUUGGAUGGACUCACACCCGGAGCAUCUGGUCGGAGCAAUCCCGGAUCGGCGAAGCGGAAAUCCGACUUUGCUUCGCCUUCCAUGUCCAAGAUCGGGAGAACCGAUCAGAAUGGAUCCCCAAUGAGAGUCAAUGCCUCGGUGAAACAGAGCGGGGAUGGAUUACAAUCUAUUCCAUUCUCUCAACGCCCGAACCCCGGCGAGACACUCGAAACCAUCAAUUCCCACCUAUCACAAGCAGAGACCCCUCUGGCGCCCUACUCCGAGGCACGUAUACGACCGACCGCGAACACAGAUCUCAAGAAGUUCGGAUACAAACCCCUUGCGAUGCGACUGUCCGAGGCAUCUGAGAUCCUCGAUGACCGCAUCGACGAAUUCAUGGCUCUGUUUGAGAAGCAGUACGAUGCGGACGAGAUCACAUUCGGCAGCGCAGCCACACAGAGUACCAGCGAGAUCGUCGCCGUCGGACGCAUCGCAUCCGACAGUAUGGAAGGCAAGCUCAACACAGCGUCACUCGUGCUGGAGACGUCGAGACGGACAGGAGCAGGUGUCCGGGUUCCAUUGAAGCUGGAAUCGGUGCCGUCAGCCAACUUCUUCCCGGGGCAGAUCGUGGCGCUGCGUGGCAUCAACGCAUCCGGGAACUACUUUUCAGUCAAAGAGGUCCUCCCCGCCCCUCUCCUCCCGCCAGCCGCCUCGUCGGUGGUCAACAUCGAAAGCAUCAACGAGAGACUCGAAGAAGCGGGUCCGGCGCCCUUGAACAUCCUCAUUGCGUCCGGGCCAUACACGGCUGACGACAACCUCGACUUUGAGCCUCUGAAAGAGAUUUGCCGCAAGGCUGCUGACAGUUAUGCGGACGGCGUCAUCCUGCUGGGCCCGUUCCUGGACAUCGAGCAUCCCGUGCUGGCCUCGGGUGAUUUCGACCUGCCAGAGAUCAACGGUUUGGACCCAGACACGGCAACGCUUGCGACGGUCUUCCGACACUGUAUCACGGCGCCGUUGCAGCGGCUCGUGGCGGCGGUGCCCAGCAUCACGAUCGUGCUGGUGCCGUCGGUGCGUGACGCGGUGAGCAAACACGUCUCAUGGCCGCAGGAGCAGCUACCCAAGAAGGAGCUGGGACUGCCCAAGCAGGUGCGCAUGGUGUCAAAUCCGGUGACGCUGUCGCUCAACGAGACGGUGAUCGGGAUGUGCUCUCACGACGUGCUGUAUGAGCUACGUCGGGAGGAGGUGCUGCACGGCAAGCCGACGGAGGGAAACCUGCUGACGCGGCUACCGAAGUAUCUGAUCGAGCAGCGACACUUCCAGCCGAUGUUCCCGUCAUCAGCGCGGGAGAUGCUGCCGAGGGCAGGGACGGAGAGCGGGCUGGCCACGGGGGCCAUGGUGGACGUGAGCUAUUCGAAGCUGGGCGAGUGGUGGAACGUGCGGCCAGACGUGUUGAUAACGCCGAGCAUGCUGCCACCAUUUGUGAAGGUGGUCGACAGCGUGACUGUUAUCAACCCAGGGACGCUCUCGAAGCGACGCGGCGCAGGGACCUACGCACAGAUGGCGAUCCACGCGCGAACGAUAGCCGAAGACGAGCGCGAGCAGAAACAGGUGAGCCACAAGUUAUACGAGCGGGCGCGUGUGGACAUAAUCCGGAUAUAGUAGUCCCAUACUCCAUAUAGUAAUGAUGAGAUGAUCC